CGUACUAAAAAAAAAAAAAAACUAAGAAGUUUUUGCCGCUCUUGGUAUACUUAUAUUUCUCAAUGAAACGUUUUUAUUAUUUCACCAUCCUUUUUUAAUUAGAAAAUCAAUAAUUGCAAGUAAUGUUUGACGCAUUUUUAUAAUGAUACUAUAACCGCUACAAUCCUUUCACCAUCGAAUCUCGAAACGGUCGUCUCGGCAAAAUGACUUCGAUCAUCAAGUUACACUGUCUUUCCGGAGCUGGUGAUGAGUCUCCACCAUGUUACGUGCUGCAAAUUGACGAAUUCAAGUUCCUCCUCGAUUGCGGUUGGGAUGAAAAGUUUGAUAUGAACUUUAUAGGAGAAUUGAAAAGGCAUGUAAACUCUAUUGAUGCAGUAUUACUAUCUCACUCUGAUCCUUUGCAUCUUGGCGCCUUGCCAUAUGCUGUCGGUAAACUCGGACUAAACUGCCCAAUAUAUGCCACAUUGCCAAUAUACAAAAUGGGCCAGAUGUUCAUGUAUGACUUGUACCAGGCACAUCGGAAUGUGUCAGAGUUUGAUUUGUUCACAUUGGAUGAUGUUGACGCUGCUUUUGACAGAAUUACACAGUUAAAGUAUAAUCAGAGUAUAGAUAUGAAAGGCAAAGGUCUAGGGGUUCGCAUCACACCGCUCCCUGCCGGCCACUCUCUCGGCGGUACAGUGUGGCGUAUAGCAGCUCCAGGAGAAGAGGAUAUUGUUUACGCACCGGACUUCAAUCACAAGAAGGAACGCCAUCUGAAUGGGUGUGAGAUUGAAAAACUGAUGAGACCAUCACUCCUAUUGUUGGGUGCAAUGAAUACUGAUUAUGUCCAACAAAGGAGGAGAUUGAGAGAUGAAAAGUUGAUGACAACAAUCCUCACAACACUCCGCGGAGGCGGCUGCGUGCUCGUGUGCACGGACACGGCGGGCCGUGUUCUAGAGUUGGCUCACAUGCUGGACCAGCUGUGGAGGAACAAGGACUCGGGGCUGGUCGCCUACUCAUUGCUACUGCUGUCCAACGUCAGCUACAAUGUCGUUGAGUUCGCAAAGUCACAGAUAGAAUGGAUGAGUGACAAACUGACGCGUGCCUUCGAAGGUGCCCGCAGUAACCCAUUCGCUCUCCGCCACCUGCAGUUAUGUCACUCAGUGGCUGAAGUGGUCAGAACACCGGGCCCCAAGGUGGUACUGGCAUCGUUCCCGGACUUGGAGGUUGGGUUCGCUAGAGAUCUGUUCCUACAGUGGGCUCCGCAUCCAUCUAAUUCUAUCGUUUUAACAGCACGGACUUCGCCCGGCACGCUAGCUCGGGACCUGAUCGAGCAUGGCGGGGACCGCGUCCUGGAGCUGUCCGUCAGGCGCCGCGUGCGGCUCGAGGGCGCCGAGCUCGAGGAAUACCUGCACAACCAGAGGCUCAAAAUCAACAAUUCCAUCAAGGAGGAGACGGCCGGCAUCUCGUCGGACUCGGACUCGGAGGGCGAGCUAGAGAUGUGGGUGGUGACGGGACGGCACGACAUCCCCGUAGCAGGCCCGGCACGCGCCGCCGGCUGCUUCAAGGCCAACAAGCGCCACCACGCCAUGUACCCGUGCCACGAGGAGCGUACCCGCGCCGACGACUACGGCGAGAUCAUCAAGCCCGAAGACUAUAGACUUGCUGAAAUAGUGGACGCCGAAGGAGAAAUUCGAGACGUGCCCCCUGCGCCACCACCAAAACAAGAGCCAGACGAGGAGAUGAUGGAGAUCCCUAGCAAGUGCGUGACGACGGUGCGCGAGGUGGCGGUGCGCGCGCGCGUGCUGCACGUGGAGCUGGAGGGCCGCUGCGACGGCGAGUCGCUGCAGCGCGUGCUCGCGCACACCAAGCCGCGCCGCGUGCUCGGCCUGCGCGCCGCGCCGCGCGCCCAAGCCGCGCUGCGGAAACAAUGUGAAGCUGAGGGCAUAGAUAAAGUUUAUACCCCCAAAUGCGGAGAAACCGUUGACGCGACCACGGAAUCGCAUAUCUACCAGGUUAAACUGACGGACGGUCUACUCUCCCAACUGUCGUGGCGGUCGGCCGGCGACACGGAACUGGCCUGGGUGGCGGCCACACUGGCUCCACGCGCUCGGUCCAGGGAAACGGCCCCGGGUGACGAUGAGAAUAGUAUGGAGGUGUCGAUGUCGCUGGAGGCGAGCAGCGCGGGCGCGCCGCACGCGGCGGCGUUCGUGAACUCGCUGCGGCUCUCGGAGCUGCGCGCCGCCGUCGCCCGCCUCGGGCUCACGGCCGAGUUCACGGCCGGCGCGCUCGAGUGCUGCAACGGCACCCUCGCCAUACGCAGGUUGGAUAACGGCCGCGUGGCACUAGAAGGCGUACUCUCGGAAGAGUAUUAUAAAGUCAGAGAGCUGCUGUACGACCAAUUCGCUAUAGUUUAACGUUGACUGAUUGUAAAAAUAUUAAAUAUGUUUUCUAAUAAAGUAUUAAAUUAAAUGGUGUCUUAUAUUAUU